AUGUUCCCGUCGUAUACCGCGGCAUCCGACUUCCAAGCCCUUCUCCGCCAGGCGUUCCUCGACUGGAAAUCCGCCCCGACACCCCGUGCCCCGUCCCCGCUCGUCGUCUCGUUCACGCCCACGCCGACAUAUACCCUCGGCCGACGGCAGAAGUCCUUGACGCCGGAGCAGCUGGGCCGGCUCCGAUCACCGUUAGAUGUGGACGUCGACCUGGAACCGGCUGGUGAGCGGGCGACAGACAACAAUGGUCGCGCGGGGCCGCAGACGCAGCGGCAGUUCAUACCCGAGGUCAUCGAGACGGACCGCGGCGGGUUGACGACGUACCACGGCCCGGGCCAGGUUGUCCUCUGGCCCAUAUUGGACCUGCAUAGCACGUACUACCCUCACCUGACGGUCCGCUCGUACGCCAGGCUCCUCGAGGAGACGACGCAGGCCGUCCUAGCUGACGGACCGUCCAUCCAGACCUACCUCUCGGAAGAGGACCCCGGCGUGUGGGCCGAAGCUGCGAGGCGCCGGGCCGGCGGUCAGGAGCGCAAGAUCGCUGCCAUGGGCGUGCACCUCCGCCGCCACAUCUCGGGGCUGGGCACGGCACUGAAUGUCGACGUCGCCGUCGACGGGGACGAGGCGUUAAACCCCUGGGCGAGGUUCGUGCCGUGCGGGCUCGAGGGGAAGACGGCCACCAGCGUCAGGGCCGAGACUGGCGAAGAAGCGUGGAGGCGAUGGGAGCUCGCUGGCGAUGGCAGAGCGAGGAGGGACUGGUACGCGCGGCGGUGGACCGAGGAACUCGCGAGGCGGCUCGGCAUCCCCACCGCCCCGGCCACAAUUCAUUACCGGCUCGGGUGA